ACAAGAAGCAAGUUCCGUUGCUUUUGACUGAAGGCACUCUGUCUCGUAUAGGUUUUCCUGCUGCGCCAUGUGAAUUACUUCUCUGUGUCUGAGUUUCCCGGCGUGUGCAUUUCUGUCACGUCUCUGUCUUUGUCAAUCAACGAGUUGUAAGGUGCUGGCGUGUUGAUGGUCCUCUUGUUGUGCGUGGCGUUGCGUCGGUCCUGCGUGUGCAGGAAAAAUCGUUCUUUUCCUGUCCGAUUUCGUCUUUUUCGCCAGUGAAAGAUGUAUUAGCUCUGCACCUCUUUGUGCGCAUUCUGGAUCUCUCUUUCUCCUCGCACGGCUGACGCCGUCCUUCUUCGAUUCCGCCCGUCACAAAUCGAACAGCCACGGGUGACUGGCGAAGAUGGUUUUCCUCAUCAUCGUUUUUUCUCUCACCCUCGCGGUUCUCGUCGGGUGGGUUCUCCAGCGUCAGCUGCACACCAUCUUCACAUCCUCCAUUUCCACAUUUUUCCUCCCUCUCUAUGGAGGACCGAAAACGACGUCGUCCACUGAGAAGGCGGAAGGUGGAAGCUGCGCUGCAUCUGCAGAGACAACGCUGAAGACAGGUAGUGAGCCCCAGGUAGCCGUAAAAGGGAGCGAAAAAGGAGCAAAUGGCAGAGGAAGAACACUUCUUGAAACCGUCGUUGGUGACGAGGAGGAACUCGAAGCUGCCGUCGCCGGAGGGGUGCGAAUGGCCACACUCGUUGCCACCGGUGAAGAAAAGGAGCCGGAAGAUGCAGAGGAGGAAGAGGAGAGACCGCAAAGCAAGAAAGCUUCAGAUGCAGAAAGGGAAGAGCGGAACGCGGUGAUAUUCUCGGACUGCGCCGAUACUCCAGGGACAUCGGUGUUGUCUUUUUCUUCUUUGCAAAAAGCUUCCCUGACUGACAAACAGCGAGGAGAGGGACAGUGUGCUCAAGACGCUGGCGAGAAACAUGGAGACAGUGAACGAAAUCGGAGACACCAGAGUGACGUUUUCCCUUCGCCGCCUUCUUCGGGUCCCGCGUCUCCCCGUGAGGCACCUGACGCCCCCCUUCUCGCGGAUGAAGACAUUGCGUGUCUCACCCCUGCAGAGGAAUCCUUUCUUUUGGAACAAGAUCGACGGAUUAGAGGCUGCUUCAAGUAUGACCAUGCAGAGAGUCGGCCUUCUUCGUCCUCAACCUCAUCUUCCUUUCGUGUCUCCUCUCCUCUCCAGUCGCGUUCCGACCCUUCUUCGUUGUUACCCUCCGGGUCUGCGCAUGUCACAAAGUCGGAGUGUCCACGGGCUCCGCCCGUUUUGGCCGCACCAACAAGUUCGUUGAACGAGGAGCCUCAGGAGGGUGCGCCGGAAAGCCAAGGAAGAGGCGAAAAGGAAGCAGAAAAACACUUUUCAAACUUGCGCGAUACAGUGGAGGCCCGGUCACCGUCUCAGCGGUCCACGAGCGCUGCGCCGUCUCCGUCGAACGCAGGAGCUUCUACAGAGAUCGGCGAGUUGAACAGUACGGCAACUGCGAGUGGAACACGGGAGGUUGGAGAGGCCAAGCCGAAGGCAGCUGUUUCGGAAGAGAACUUGGAGUCUUCUCUCUGUCAAGAAAGCCAGGACGAGAGCGAACCGAAGGUAGCAGCGGAUCCCGUUGCUUCUCACGAAGGGGAAGAGGACGGAGUCGCAGAGGCAGAGUGUGAGGAUACACCUCAAGGGGAAGCGCGCAACGCGCGUGGCGCGGCCGAAAACGAACCGGCGACAGCUCCUCUCCUGGGAGAAGAGAACGAGAAGGCCGCGACUGAAGAGAGUGUACAUGCGGUUGGGUCAGUGGUGGAAGUAGAAGACGACCAGGUAAAACAGGAGAGGGGCGGCUUCCCCCGUGAGUGCGUGGGGGGAGAAGAAGGGGAUGACGAGAGAGAAGACGAGGAAGAGAACAACCCGAAGGUGGAAGACCUUGGAGAGGUCUUUCCCGAGGAGAGACAGGAUCCUCCGCGAUUUGAAGAGGUCGAAGACGAGAAGAAGGAUGAAGAAGACUUGGAAGACAAAACCGCGGCAGAAUUGAAGGAGUUAGGAAACCAAAAAUUCCGCGAAGGCAAGUACGAAGCUGCACUCGAUAUCUACACGCAAGCGCUGGACCGCCUUGAUGAAGAAGAAGACGACUGGCUAGACGAAUUUGACGCAGCUAUGCAAGACAAAGAAGACGAGCUGGAAGCAGCUGAGAACAUCCGCUACGAACGGUCCUUGCGCGGUGAGGCCCCUAACGGAGAACAUGGAGCGGAAGACCAAAAGCUUUUCAAGGACGCGCGAGAGGAAGAAGAAGCACGGGAGACAAAGGAGACAAACGACGACGCCAAAGGAACGGAGGAAGACGCCCCCGAGCAGCGAGGUGCACGGGAAGACUCAGUGGCACAAGCCGCCGUCCAAAAGGGUCACGACUCGGCGGACGAGAAGGAGACCUGUGAGAAGGGAGGCUCACCAGAGAAGGAAGAUAUUUCUGAGAAGGAGGAGACUCGUGAGAAGGAAGAGAAAUCUGGGGACGAAGAGCAUUUGUUGACUGAAGCUGAAUUUCUGGCUUUCAAGGAGAAGAAGGAGAAAGAGCGAGAGGCCAUGGCUCUGGAAUUCAACCAGUUGAGGGCUGUCCUCCUUUCAAACAGAGGGGCUUGCCACCUUCAUGGCAAAUGCUGGGAGGCCGUUGUCGCGGACUGCACGGAAGCGAUUCAGUGUGACCCUUCGUAUGCAAAGGCCUAUCUGCGACGCUUCACGGCAAACGAAGCUCUUACGAAGUGGCACGACGCAGCCGCUGACAUCAACAAAGCUAUCGAACUCGACCCCUCUCUCGAAGCGCGGUACCGAAGCGAUCAGCAGCGGGUGAAGAAGAAGAGCGAGGCUCAGUUUGAGAAGGAGAAAGAGGAGAUGAUUGGGAAGCUGAAAGACUUUGGAAACUUCGUCCUGGGCAAAGUCGGUCUUUCUCUCGACAACUUCAAAGUUGAACAGAACCCGGAUACUGGGGCGUACAACAUUUCCUUCCAGCAAAAUGCACAGCCGCCGGCUGGAGCCGCAGCAAGUCAGUGAAGGAGAAUGCGCAGAAAGCGGGGAAACUCGUGAAAAGACUGGGAAACAAGAGGGGAACUGCCGAGGACACGAACUGCAUGCGCCGUGAGGCUUCAAACAGAGACACCAGGGUGUGGGUAGCGAGCGUUUGGAGAGGAGUGAAAGAGAGAGAGAUGUACCUUUUUUAAGACGAGUAUGCGUUUUCGAAGCAAGGCGAUGACGAUAAGUGGUGGUUUUUACAAUGAGGAGAGAAAUGGAACGAGGAGGGGAUGUUGCGUUCGACGACCACGUAUCACAAAGAUGGAGUAUAGGAGAAGGCUCUGAAGAGAAACGUCGAAGAAGGUGGGGAAAGGCGCAGCUUGCUGGAGGACUCUCGAGUAAUCGCGAGAGUACUCGGGGAGUUGCACGAGUGUAUGACCUAUGAAAACAGGCAUGUUCGUGUGUUCCCCUUUUAGCUUUUCGCCUUUUGCCAUUUACCUUAUGGGGGACCGAAGAGUGGAAGGACGAAAUCGCAUUCGCGUAUUUCUGGUGUCUAUGCGCGUCGUCUCUCACUUUCCCUUACGAAGGCAUCGCCUUUCUAAAAUAGGUAAUAGUGUGUGUUUUUCCGUUUUCGUGCUUUUCGACGACAGACUCGUAGUGACAAGGGCUCGUCUGGUAGCACCUGCUACUUUUUAUUUCCUCGUUCCUGGUCAGGCGAUGCUAAUGCGUUGCCCCGCAGUUGCUCCUGCUUCGAACGGCUAGGCUGUCUGUAUGCAGAGCGUCUUCGCUGUCGCCAGCAUCGGUUCGCAGGUGGAUGUGGAUUCUGAUGUUUUCGGUGCUUCCAAAGGGAGCAGAUAUGUAACGAGAGACGCGGAGGAUACAGACGCCCGUAGAAAUCCGACUUACAACAGACAACUCAGCCUAGGCACGAAACGCGUGCAGACUAAUCUUAAGAAAGAAAGAGGGAAGAAAGAGAAUUUUUUCUGGAGGGAAGGAGACAUGGUGUCGAUGCAUGGGUGUAUUUCUGAGGCGCUUGCGACACCCUGAUAUUUAGGUGUCUGUUUUGUUCCCAGUCCGUGCUACUCUUUGCAACGUAUCAGGGGGAGCCUCUCUGUUUUUUCUGUCCAUCGCGAUAACAUUCGUUUUUGUGGGAUAGAGAAGUUCUUGUGGCUUUCUGCUGCGACUGCGUAGACUGGUCUUGUGACCUCGUGCAGCUGCCUUAGUAUUUCUCCUUGUCGCUACUCUCUCACUAUAAUCCUUGGUAAAUGGCUAGAGUUCACGUCACCGUUUUUGGAGCACACCCCUCGGAAGGCGGUGAGGCCUCAGCGCCUUUGAUGCAUAUCAUUUCCGCCGAAGACAGUACAGAACGGUUCAUCGGGUUACUGCUUAGAACGUGCUGGUCGUCGUUUCUCCGAAACCACGAAGCGACGCCCGCUUUCUGUUAGCUUCCCCGUUGUGUAGUCAACCCUCGGAUGCCGGAAGGUGACUACGUCCCACAAUGAGGCCAGGCGUUCGAUGCGCGUACAGAACGCGAGCCUACGCUGCAAUCACGUGUAGGCGGUGACGACAGGGAAUUCGCUGGCUUACUGCUCUCGGAAGCAUCGGUCUGACACAAAAGGACUCACGCGUCGGAAGGACCUUUCUGUUCAACCAAACGAAGCACAGCCUUGGGAAGUCACGAACAGACAGGAAAGCAUCCGUGUGUGGACGAGAUUGGUCAUGCUGCUGUGUUGGGGCCUCUUGAAAGUAACGUUUGUAAAUUUCACGCUUCUCGCAAACAAAGGGACGAGAUGAGAGGCCCAAAACGUUGCGUCUUCUUGCACCGAGGAGGUUUCUUGACAAUCUCUGGUCGCUCGGAGGACUAAGGCAAUGCAGAACCUGUGGAAGGUAGUCCGUAA